AUGUCUGGUGUAGAGUUGGGUCUAUCAGAAGCUAAUUAUAGCGAGUCACCUUCAAGUGGUGGCCACGCGUUUGAAAAAUAUAAGAAAUGUUUUAAUCUUGCUUUGGAUCAUUGUGAGGACGAUAAGCUCGAUAAGCUUAGAGCUGUGAAUAAUGACGAAGUAACUUUACAAAGAGAUUGGGAGACUUGGCUAAAAGAAAAAAAAGCUCUUGUUGAGCAAAUCAUGAUACAGUUCUGCGCAUUCAACAUCAACUAUGACCAAUUCAAAUUUACUAUUGAAGAAGACUCACCUGAAGAUAAAAACUCAAUUGAAUCAAAAAAUUCAGAGGAGAAAGGUAACAAGAAUGUUGAUUGGAGAAAGUGGUUAGAGAAUAUUCUAGACGUCAGUAAAAUGACUACCUAUGAGAAAUAA